CCGGCGCGGCGGCGGCGGGGCGGAAGCGGCGGCGCGGCCAUGGCGUCGGGCGGCGCCUGCGGCUCUCGGUCCCCUUCCCCUUCUCCCGCCCAGCGCCUUCCCCCUCCCUUCCCCGAGCCCCAUGGCGGCGACAGCGACGCGCCGGGGGAGGCUGACAGCGACUCGGAAGGCGAGGAUAUCUUCACCGGCACCAGCAAGCCCCAGGCCACAGUGCGGCAGAGAGAGUCCCUGCUGCCGGCGGGCGGCGCCUCCCAGCAGAACGGCCUUGGUGCGGAGCAAGACCACCAGGACUUAUUUGCAGAUGCCACUGUUGAGUUGUCUCUAGAGAGCACCCAGAACAACCAGAAGAAGGAACUGGCCAAAGCUUCCAAUCCUGCCCCCUCAUUAGAGGUAGCUGCAAGCUCUUCUGGAACCCUCCCCCAGAGCUACGAGGAGCUGGAAGAAGAGGAACAAGAGGACAAAUUUGACCUGACUGUAGGAGUGAGUGACCCAGAGAAAGUUGGGGAUGGCAUGAACGCCUACGUAGCCUACAAGGUGUCCACGCAGACCACCAUGCCAAUGUUCAGGAGCAAGCAGUUUUCGGUCAAGAGGAGGUUCAGUGACUUUCUGGGUCUCUAUGAGAAGCUGUCGGAGAAGCAUGCCCAGAACGGGUUCAUCGUUCCGCCGCCGCCAGAGAAGAGCCUCAUAGGAAUGACCAAAGUGAAAGUUGGGAAGGAAGACUCCUCCUCUGCAGAGUUCCUGGAGAAGAGAAGGGCUGCUCUGGAGAGGUACCUGCGGAGAGUGGUCAGCCAUCCGACCAUGCUGCAGGACCCUGACGUCAGGGAGUUCCUGGAGAAGGAGGAGCUGCCACGAGCAGUGAGCACCCAGACCCUGAGUGGAGCAGGAAUCCUGAAGAUGUUCAACAAAGCCACAGACGCCGUCAGCAAAAUGACCAUCAAGAUGAACGAGUCGGACAUCUGGUUCGAGGAGAAGCUGCAGGAGGUGGAGUGUGAGGACCAGCGGCUGCGGAAGCUGCACGCUGUGGUGGAGACGCUGGUGAACCACAGGAAAGAGCUGGCCUUGAACACAGCCCAGUUUGCCAAAAGCCUGGCCAUGCUGGGCAGCUCGGAGGACAACACGGCCCUGUCCCGGGCACUGUCCCAGCUGGCCGAGGUGGAGGAGAAGAUUGAGCAGCUGUACCAGGAGCAGGCUAACAAUGACUUCUUCAUCCUGGCCGAGCUCCUGGGAGACUACAUCCGCCUGCUUUCAGUGGUGAGGGGAGCCUUUGACCAGCGCAUGAAGACCUGGCAGCGGUGGCAGGAUGCCCAGACCAUGCUGCAGAAGAAGAGGGAGGUGGAGGCCAGGCUGCUGUGGGCCAACAAACCUGACAAGCUGCAGCAGGCCAAAGAGGAGAUCUCAGAGUGGGAGUCGCGGGUGACGCAGUACGAGAGGGACUUCGAGCGGAUCUCUGCCGUCAUCCGCAGGGAGGUGACUCGCUUCGAGAAGGAGAAAUCCAAGGACUUCAGGAACCACGUCACCAAGUACCUGGAGACACUACUGAACUCCCAGCAGCAGCUGGUGAAGUACUGGGAAGCCUUCCUGCCCGAAGCCAAGGCCAUCUCCUAAGCGGACCUCGCCUGCUGUCCGGGUCUGGGUAGCCACCAUGUACCUCUGCCUCUUCCGCGCGUGGGCCAAGCCUGCUGGCAGCCCCGGGGGCCGCCGGUGGAGGCGUGAGCCGCCCGGGGCCAGCUUGCCAGCCACUUAACUCUUCUAACUGUAUAGUUUGCAUUUAGCAACGUCUAUUUUCUUACUUGAACAGAAACUAGUUUCCUGCUCUCGGCCCCGCGGGGGGCUCUCCGCCUCCCCGGCCAGCGCCCGGCUCUGGCGCUGGCUUUAGGGUCGUAACGAACUCUCUGACUCCUGCGGUGCCAUUAAACUUCUGGAAUAAAAACUUCUAUCAGGGCA